AUGGUGAUGUUCCGGGAGGUGAAUCUGAAGGCCCGCGACAUCCCCGUCAAACAGGUCAUCGUAUAUCCAGACAGAUCGGAAGUGAAACGGCUGAUCGAAGUUCAAUUGCCUGAGGGCGAAUUCGUGAUUAAUGUUCAGGUAAGAGAUUGUGGAGAUUUGUCGCUUUUAGGUAUCAAAAAUCUUAACAAAAAUAAUCUCUUUUACAAAUUCUCUAAACAAAAAAAAAACAAUUGCAAAAAAACGUUUGCAAAUUAUUUAGCACUACAUUAACUAUAACGUUAUAACAAUUUUAAAUUAAAAAUUUUUAAAUCAAAACAAAAGUUGGUCUUCUACAAACUCCGGACCUUGAUCUUUACCUUCCCUACUAAAUAUUGUACAAAGAUAAACAAUUUCAGAGCUUAUCAGCCGUGAUUGAAAAACAAUCCAUCCGAGUUGAAGGCGUUGAAACGGCCAAAAUUAAGGAAGUUCAAUUUGAAGAGACCCCCAAAGUUGAUAACAACGAAAUACAAGAAAAAGUUAGUAAUUUUAAAACUUACAACUACAAUCCCCAGACAUCUUAUCGUUUAUUCUGGUCAGAAAGUAGCAAAAAAAUACAAAAAACUGGACAAGGUAGACGGAACGCCAAAUUGUUUGAAACUUUAAUCUUGCGUUGCGAGACUCACAGAAUAUCAAUGGCUAAACUUUUUCAAAACGGAAAUUUAAAAUCUCAACUUCUAAAAUGAUGAGAACUUGUUUUGAAAGUUAUUUAAAAUUUUUUAAUCAUGUCCUUUUAGCUAAAAUCACUGGAAAGUGAGAAAACCGACUCUGAGGCACAUCAACAAGAGUUGUCAGAUCAGAUCCACAUUCUGAAAAAACGACUUGACGUUCUCGAUGGAGUAGCCAGUCAAAUUAGCCAUAAUGUUGCUGUUAACAACACGGACGGUGAUUCUCUGGCAGCCGCGUCUUUUUUACUUUGUAAUGAAGCCAUGACCAACCUAACCCAGUUUCUUGAAUAUUAUUCAGCAUCAGCUUCUGAGUUCAAAAGGGAACUGCGGGAGAAGCAGAAGACUCUGGAGAAUGCCAAACAGUAUAUUGAAGACCUGGAAAGACAAAUCGACCAGCUUAGGUGUCAAUUGGAAUACGAUAACAACAAAAGAAGUUUGCGGAUAUUGGUCGAGGUCGAGAAUCCUGGAAAUGCGACGAUUUUCUUUACAUACCAAGUUUAUUGUAGUGGAUGGAAGGCGGCGUACGACGUAAGGGCUUCGACGUCAGCGGGAUUAUUGGAUUCUGAUGAAGAUGACAUUCCCAACUCGGUAAAUCUGUAUUACUAUGGAGUUAUUGAGCAGAAGACUGACGAAGAUUGGAACGAUGCUGAACUGGUACUGAGUACAGCCGUACCGUCUUUGAAUGGUACUGUUCCUACCGGGUUAAUUACGACUGUAGGACUACAACGGCAUUUGUAAGUAAAAUUAAAGUUGGGUCUCUUAGUACAAUCAAUUAAGCCCUAGUAUUGUAGUAGUAAAUCUUUUGUACUAUAAAUCCUUUACAGACGCCGACUGUCAAACUACAGCACCAUUCGUCGUCCUCUAAGUGUUUCAGAAGAAGAUAUAGGUAUUGGAUCGUAUGACUAUAACUGUACCGAUGCUAUGGCUCUUCAACGACUGACUACAGCCAGAAGUAACUCCGAACACGACUCUCCCCAGGUAUUUUUUAAUGAUUAGAGAACAACAAUAUCAAAAAACAGGUGAUAAGUGCACAACAUGCGUGAUGCAGAUUAUGUCAUUUAGUUCACCAAACAUAUUUUGUAAUAUAUGAUAGUUUAGAUGUGACCUUGAUUUGAAAAGUACAUACUGGAAGGCACAAAUUAAAAAUAAAUAUUUUAAAUUUCAAAACAUGAUUAAAACUAGUUUUAAAUUAAAAUAAUAGAAAUAUGUAGAAAGAACAACUACCGUGCGUCUGUUUUCCCAUCAAAAACCACCAGUCGAUCUUAUGCAAUGGACAACCUCACAAGGUCAUGAUCUCGGAAUUCGAGUUGACACCGGUUUUUGUCCAUGAAAGUGUUCCUUCCAGAUCCCCGAACGCUUUCUUAUCAGCCAUCAUCACGAACACAUCACAACUACCGUUCUUAUCUGGCAAAGCAUGUAUAUUCCUGAACAACAGUUAUAUUUGCACGGUAAGUGGUACUAUUGGGAGUAACGUAACUCAAUAUAAGUUUUAUACGGCAAUGUUGAAUGUUAGUUGUUCAAGUAUUUGAUAAUUUGUGAUAAAAGUACAUUUUUUAAAUAAAAAAUACGUUUUUUUAGCAAUCACUUCACACUGUAAUGCCAGACGAAGAAUUCAGAUGCGCUUUUGGAGUUGAUCCUUCAGUAAAAGUGGAAUGUAAAACUCCUACCAGAUCUACAGAGCAAGUAAGUAUUCCAAAUUUAUACCUUUUUAUUAGAAUAUAAUGAGGAAAGAGAAGUCAUUUCACAAGUUAUGUUUUAGGUUGGUUUCAUGUCGAAAAGUAUGUUGAGCAUAAACCAACAAUCAAUACUGAUACGAAAUGCCAAAGUAUCCGAGAAAGUGCAAUUAUUUGUUAAAGAGCCAGUCCCCAAGAGUCUGGAUGACAAAGUUAAGGUAAAUUAUAGCAUUUAAAAAGUUUGUUACUUAAAAUAUACCUAAAACUUUUACCUAAAACUUACUUAACAAUGACAAUAUACUCUUGAAAGUUUAAUAUAAAAAAAGGUUACAGGUAGCAGUAGUGUCUCCAGAGCUUAAAAACGGCCGAACAGAAGCUCGUCUGACAAAAGACAAUCAACUGGAGUGGUGUUGUCAGCUAGAACCUGGCCAGUCCAAAGAAUUGGUGCUGAAGACUAGUCUGGAAUACCCGAUUAAUGACCAUUUGGUGUAUAAUAUUGUGCAACGAUGA